AUCAUUAUUUGAUUACCAAAAUAUGGCUCUUUGUCUUGCUCUUCUCUUCUUUCUUGUCUCUUCAGCUUCAGCUUCAGCUGCAGCUACUUGUAAUCGUUGUGUUCAUCAAUCUAAAGCUGCUUAUUACUAUGAUGAUACCCCUAUUCCAUAUGGGGCAUGUGGAUAUGGGGCUUUGGCAUUUGAAUUAUCCAAUGGGUAUGCUGCUGGUGUUGUUCCUUCCCUUUUUAAACAGGGUGCUGGAUGUGGUUCCUGUUUCCAAGUAAGGUGUAAGGACAGGAGAUUUUGCAGCCGUGUUGGAACUAAAGUUGUUGCAACAGAUCAAAAUUAUGAUAACAGAUAUGAUUUUGUCCUCAGCAAGAAAGCAUAUGCUUCAAUGGCUUUAAAGAAUAAGACUAACGAACUUCUCAAUCUUGGCACUAUUGAUGUGGAAUAUAAGAGGAUACCAUGUACAUACAAAAACAAGAAUUUGUUAGUGAGAGUGGAAGAAUGGAGCCAAAAGCCAUUCUACUUAGCCCUUAAAUUCCUUUACCAAGGUGGCCAAACAGAAAUAACAAGAGUUGAGAUAGCUGAAGUUGGUUCAGAUAAUUGGGAAAGCAUGAAGAGAAAUUAUGGUGCAAUUUGGGAUAUAAACAAACAACUUGAAGGAGCAUUGCAAUUGAAGAUUGUUGUAACUUCAGAGAACAAUCAAAUUGAAAACUUAUAUUGGGCAGUUAAUGAUCUUCCUGAAGAUUGGGAAAAUGGAGAGAUUUAUGAUACUGGAAUUCAAAUUAAUAACAUUGAUAAAGAAACUUGCCCAAGAAACCAGUGUGGUGAUUUGCCAUGGAAGUAAUCCAAAAAUUCCUUCUUAUAUAUUACAUAUGUAUUCAAUAAGUUUCAUUAUUGCAUGAAACAGGAAUUCGAAUUAGCAAUCCAACAUCGAAAAUGGGUGUGUUCAUUCCUCAUUUGUAUUCAAAAUUUUAAUAAAAGCUCAUUACUGUUCCAUUAUGAAAUAAUAAA